AUGUUCUUCUUCAAAAAGAAAAAAAGACCAUCGGUCAAAAAUAUAGCUCAAGAUAAACCAACGUAUCCCCUUCCAACCACUCGUCUCAUCAGCAAACGUAAUUUGCGCACAGCUGUUGACAAGACAACCAUUUCUGCUUCUGAUAUCAGCGUCCCGCCUUCUUGUUCUUCCACCGAAACCGAUAAUACCCAAUCUACUCGGUCACUUGUAUCAAGCCUUGAGAAUAUUUCUCAUGAAUCAGACCAAAAAGCUGACGACACUGUUAUUGGAAACCACGACCAGGAUCAUGAAGAGCGAUCCAUUGCUACUAUCCCAGGAUCGGUUGCCACCAUACCUGCACACACAGCAGCAGUAUCCAUAGAAGAGGAAGGAGAGAGGUGUAUAAAUGACAAUGCAUCAAUGAUAUCUAGGAAUCAAAAACAUACUGUACAACAACAUGAUGACAACCUCGAACCGUCAUCGAGUGUUGAAACAAGCGCUAUAGGAGAUGGCAAUUUCAGAGACGGCCGUGCACUACCGGAAGAUGUAAUAAUCGAUAAAUGCCCCACAGAUCAAGCACUUACUAUUGAUGAUGAAGAAAAGCCAAUCGAGGAUAUCAACCACAUUCAUUACAACAACAGCAAUAGUGCUAGUAAUAGAGCGAGUGGCAUACCACGAUUGCGUUUGUCAGCAAGUACUAUCCCAAACGCACGAACGUUGAUCGCUAACAACAAAACUGCAACCAGUCAUAUUCCAGUCCGCAAGAUGCAUGCAUCAUCGUUCAAUCAUAGUAAUAACACAAUGUCGCCCUCUAGUGCCAGCAACAGAAUUACGACAGGUCAAUGCCGUCCAGGUAGAUUAGUAUGUGGCACUCGAUUACCUGUGCGACGUGCAUAA